AUGCGCAACUCAAUUGUUCUCAGCGCCAGCCUGGCCCGCCCCUCGACAUUUCAUACAACCCGUCGAUCGUUCGUGACCACCGCUGCAAAGAGUGUCGUCGCCGCCGCUACUUCAUCUUCAACGUCUGCGCCACCGCUGAACCCACGAUGGCUUUCUGAGCUGCAGUCGCGCAUCAAGCGGUGCGCCGGGCUCGACCUCAGCGGGCAGCAGAAGGAGGACUUGGCGGCUCUGCGGAAGGCUGUCGAUGGGCAGUGGUUGGAGUUGCUCGCCGGACGGGAGGGGUUCCUCACCGGUCCCGGGUGGAGGGGCCUUGACAGACAUACAGUGACUUGGGGAGACCAGGAUGCAAUGUACGCCGAGUCGGCGCGGGUCAACUGGCUUCGUAACUUUGCGACGACGGUGGAUCCUGAGCACAAGGAUGAGUGGGACCAGCUCAUGAGCCCAAAGGACAUUGGCCUCAUCAUGAGAAGCAUCAAAACGGACUACAAGUUUCCAAUGGCCUACCCAGACCACGUAACGGUCCUUCAUAAGCUUGUUUCCAAGCCGACAUACGAAUCAGAUUUCAUCCUACUUGAAGCUCUUCUCAUCUCUGAGGGCCACCGUCGCCCUGCCGCCCGCUGCUUCGAGGAUAUCGUGGUCUACGACUACAAGACCGCCAAGAGGGCGCCGCUCAAGCCCUUCAUGGUCGACCGGCUACGGGAGACAUACGAGGCGCAAGAGCAGAGCAAGAUUGACUGCGAGAAAAAAGUGAAGGUUUCGUUCAUCAUCAUGGGUAGUAUCUCGUUCCGCGAGCAUAUCCGCUGGAUCCCCGAUGAGGCGAGCGAGCCGACCUCGACCAUAGUGCUCACGUCCCCGCAGCGCCGUUUCGUGGACCUCCGCAUUCUGAAGCAAACGCCAACCGUCGACGGCGUGCAAGACACGCACGGCAUCGAGCGCCUGGAAUGGGGCAUCGCAGGAACCUCGUCGUCGUCCACCCGCACCGACGACCAGGGCGCCGAGGUGCGCCACUCGCGCUGGGAGCACUGGAUCGACUCGCGCACGACGGAGCCCGAGAACGCGGCCGACGAGGGCGACAUGUACGAGCAGCCCGACGGGCUGACGCUCGAAAAGGGACGGAUGGUGAACCCUGCCACCGGCGCGGAGACGGACUACGAAGAGCUGUGGAGGGACGUCGAGCCCGUUACGGUUCCUCCGGUCGGUGCCGCGGCCGAGGGCGGCGAGGCUCCGAAGGGUGUUGAGUGUGUUGUGCUCAAGCACGAGGACGAGACGAGCGGGGCGCGGGGUAUGGUUGUGUGGUUGGGGCGGUUCUGUCAGGGGAUUUCGAGGGUCGGGGAGGAGGUUGCGGCGGAGAGGUGGGAGUGGAAGGAAGGGGAGGGGUGGAGGCGGACUGUGAGGAUUGGGGAUCGGGCUUUGCCUUGCGAGGUGUUGUUGAUGACGGGUGCGGCGUUGAGUGUUGGGACGCAUGUUGUUCAUGAGGAGGUUGUCUGGGAUGUGCUCGAGAGCCGGUGA